UGUGUCCCAGAAAAGCAAAAACAGACAAAAAAAUAACUCACUCACCGUCGCGCGCUCUAUACGCAAGACCCCUUGGUGUGUAUCUCGAACAUACUUUUGACGACGACACCAGUGUAGAAGCCAUCGAAGACGGUGGUCGGGUUGCCACACCAGCCCCAGUCCCAACAAACGCGUAGCAGCAGCAGGUACUGGUACAGUGUGCCAAUGUAUGCUGGUGGCUAGUAUUUUCCACUGGCUCGCAGGUUUGGCACUAUUCUUGUUCACCGUUCAUUAUCUGUACUACAUCGUGACGGCGCUACGUUCCUCCCCGUCGACGUCGACGACCAGGUCCCGGUCCCGGUCCAGGUCCAGCCGUGGUGUUGGUGGUGGGCCAGGUCCAGUCCCGAUGCAGUCCGAGGACGCAAAGUACAUCAAAAAACGAUGGAAGGGCGGCACCAUCGAGCCACAUCCGACCGAGAAGGCCCUCAUCGUGAACUACAAGCUGGAGGCGGCCGUCUUUGGCGAGCCCGGAGAUCCCAUGCUGGAAGAUAAAAAGGACUGCCAACGGAUCAUCCGCCUCAAGUCGCUGAACGCCAAAACCGACCCCGCCGUGCUGGCCCGCGAAGUGGUGGACAAGUGCGACCUCAUCCACAAGUCCCAGCUGUCCGACAUCGAGCAGAUCAUCUACUACCUGAAGAAUCGCAAAAAUGUCGAAACUCCGUCGACGGCCAGCAGCACCGCGUCCGGGGGCACUUCCGCCGGGGGGCAACGGGCCGUUUCGCGCACAUCCGGCAAGGUGUCGCCCCACGAGGCGGAAAAGGCCUCGAUCCGCAACAUUGACGAGUACAUCGAGCUGCUGUACGAAGAUCUGCCGGAGAAGAUUAAGGGCUCGCGGCUGAUUCUGCAGCUGGCACGUGACCCCGACAACCUCGGCGAGCUGGAGAAGAACGAGGCCGUCCUGAGUGCCCUGUCGCGAGUCCUUCGCGAAGACUGGCGCCGCUCGCUGGACCUGUCCACCAACAUCAUCUACAUCUUCUUCUGCUUCUCGACGUACACCAACUUUCACUCGGUGAUUGUCAACUACAAGAUCGGUUCACUUUGCAUGGAUGUGAUCGACUACGAGUUGAGGCGGUACGAUCAGAUGAAGACGGAUUUGGACGCGCGGAAGGGCGGCGGGGACAAGAGUGCCGGGAAGGAGAAGGAAAAGGAGGUCAACAAGAGUGCCGAGUACUUGGACACGAUCAUCGACCAGGAGAAGCCCAAAGAGAUGGAACCUCCGCGGCGGAGGAUACCGGAGUUGAAGCAGCGACCAAAGUCGGGCAACUGGGCCAGCUACCACGGCAACAUGAGUUCGUCGCUCGUCAAAGCGCACACCAUGAACAACAGCUACCACGAGCAGCUGAACAAGGAAACGACCGCCUCGAAUGACAGUUUGAACAAUCAAGCGCAGGAGAGCGAGAAACCCGACCCAAAGAAGCAAAAGGACGAUUACGACAAGAUCAACAAGCAGUUCAAAAUUUUCGCCAAGAAGCAGGAACAGCUGCUCCGGGUGGCGUUCUACCUUCUACUUAACAUUGCCGAAAACGUUAAGCUGGAGGAGAAGAUGCGCAAGAAGAACAUCGUCAAGAUGUUGCUGAAAGCGCUCGAGCGGCAAAACUUUGAUCUGCUAGUGCUGGUCGUCACCUUCCUGAAGAAACUUUCGAUUGUUCGCGAUAACAAGGACGAAAUGUACGAGCUGAACAUUGUGGAGAAGCUGCCCCGCCUUCUCCAGUCGCAGAAGGACCUGGUCCAGGUGACGCUGAAGCUCCUGUUCAACCUUUCGUUCGACGCGCGGCUGCGCGCCAAGAUGAUCCGCGUGGGCUUCCUCCCCAAGCUGGUCACGUUCCUGAGCGACGACAAGCACCACGAGAUCGUCACCAAGAUUCUGUACCACAUGAGUCUGGACGACAAGAUCAAGUCGAUGUUCACGUACACGGACUGCGUGCCGGUCGUGACGGACAUGCUGCUGCUGAAUCUGAACCAAAAGUCCGACCCGGACCUGAUCGCGCUGGGCAUCAAUCUGGCGCUGAACAAGCGCAACGCCGCGAUGAUGAUCGAGAACAACCGGCUGCACAAUCUGAUGUCGCGGGCGUUCAAGUUUCAGGACACGCUGAUGAUGAAGCUGAUACGGAAUAUCUCGCUGCACGACUCGCUGCGGAUGCACUUUGUGGACUUUGUCGGCGACCUGUCCAAGAUCCUGACCGAGUGCGACGACGAGGAGUUCACCGUCGAGUGCUUGGGCAUCCUGGGCAACCUGGCGCUGCCCGAUCUGGACUACUCGCAGAUCAUCCACAACUUCAACCUGAUUCCGCUGAUCAGAAACAUGCUCGUGCCGGGAAAAUACAAGGACGACAUGGUGCUCGAGACGGUCGUCUUUCUGGGCACGUGCGCGUCCGACGAGUCCUGCGCUAUGCUGCUGUGCAAAGCGGACGUGAUCCUGUCGCUGAUCGAGCUGCUGAAGGCGAAGCAAGAGGACGACGAGAUGGUUCUGCAGAUUGUGUUCGUCUUCCAGCAGGUGCUGCGCAACGAGAGCACCCGGGUGUACAUGAUCAAGGAGACGGAGUCGCCCGCCUACCUGAUCGACCUGAUGCACGACAAAAACACCGAGAUCCGGAAGGUGUGCGACUUUUGUCUGGACAUCAUCGCCAUCACCGACAACGAGUGGGCCUCGCGGAUAAAGCUGGAAAAGUUCCGCAACCACAACUCGCAGUGGCUGAGCAUGGUGGAGACGCAGGAGGAAACGGACGACAUCCAGGACUACGGCCCGAUGGACGACGACGACGGCGAUCUGCCGGCGUACCUCACGUCGGACUACCUGGACCAGUGCAUGCUGUACCAGUCGUCGGGCGGCGAGUCGGUCAACGGCGGCGGAACGAGGGAUGGCGACGGGGACGGGGGCGAGAGCCAGAACCGGUCCACAUCUGCCAUGUCCAACUACAGCAGGCCGAUGAGUCGUUAUAGCCGAGAUUUGGAGGACUUCGAGGUGAUAACCUGAGGAGGAGUUCUGAAACCGGCGAAGAAGAGUCCCCGCAUUUGAGACAACAUUUACUGUAAAUAGCAUGGAAAUCUUACAGUAGCGGUGAGCUACGGAAUAAACUAUACGGAUGAAACUACAACAGUAAUUAUGCAACCUCAUGACAGAACAAGAAAAGAGAUAAACUAAUAAAACAAGUCACAAAUCUAUAAAUGGAACAAAAAACCGGUUGGCUGCUAGAAUGGAAGUGCUUUUACAAUAUGCUGAGAUUUGUUAGUGUUUUUUGCAACUUGAAGGAUUCCUAUAAAACCCCGAAAACAAAGAGGUUAUUACAAUUAUAAGAAGUAUUUAAACCAAGAAUCAAGCUUUAGCGAACUUGGAAGCCAUUGGAAAUCAGCAAAUUCAUGACACAUCGGUAUGACAAAAACACAAAUAGGGAAAAAAAAGCUUCGUUCAGAGUCAGUAGUUGUUAGAUAACCCCCCUCACUUAAAAUCAAGCAAAAUGCUAUGUUCUAAAACAAAAUGAAAACAAUUUUAACAGCACCCCACUAAGAACCAAAUCUCAAGAUCUUUCCCCCCUCCCUCACGCUUGAUUGAAGUGCUUUACACCAAAAACCUUUAUACGUGGAAACAGCCCGACUAGAUAGCGAUUAGCUUUGCGACAAUUAGAUGCAAGUUUAACA